CAACAACAACAACAACAACAACAACUGUACCUACAACUACACCUGGCUACACCAGUACUUCAACACCAGAAGAAACCACUUCAACAACAGUAUACACCACGACAGCACCGUCAACGUCCAGCUCCACACCUGAACAAAAAUCCACAACAGUCUCACCAACAACGACUGGCUCAACCACUGGCUCCACAACUGAAACCACAACAACAUCAGUGACGACCACCAUAUCCAGUUCUUCUGCCAGCUCCACAACUGAAGAAUCAACUACUACAACAGGGACAAGCCCGACAACUGAGACGACUGGCAGCUCCACAGCCACAACAACAACAAGUGUUCGUCCAACUACACCUGGCUACACAAGUACUUCCACAACAGAAGAAACCACUUCAACAACAGUAUACACCACGACAGCACCGUCAACGUCCAGCUCCACAACUGAACAAAUCUCCACCAUAGUCUCACCAACAACUAGUGGCUCAACCACUGGCUCCACAACUGAAACCACAACAACAUCAGAGACGACUACCACAGCCAGUUCUGCUGCCAGCUCCACAACUGGUGAGUCAGGUCCUUUUACAUUAAACAUGAGAAAACAAUUCGAAACAAGAACCGACAAAUCAUCUGAAUAG